CCAACAACACUGUUAUUCAAAUAUUUAAGGCCCGAGCCUUAAGGCAGGUAACCUACGUGAACAACUACUUGAGAGUUACUAUUUGACCGGCUCACGGAGCCCUAUUAUGCCCAUUAGCUAAAUCACGUCAGUGCUUCAAAGGUUUUUGCUAGAUAUGAAUCUAUUUCAAUCGUAGUAAAACGUCUCGCAUUUUCUGCGACUCUCGCCUUCUUCUCCCUCUAAGGUUGAUAUGGGCGUCUCAGUAAAUAUGUCUGCAGCUAUAGGUACAGUAUGUGAGGCGUUUUUGUACGGAGUCUACUGCACGCUAUUCAUCAUCUCUGUCGUAAUCCUCAUCAAACACUAUCGAGUGUCUAACCGAGUGAUUUGGGUCGCAAACUGCCUCCUCUUUAUGACAUCGACGGCUCAUUUUGCACUAGUGUUCAACCAUUUCUACAUUACACUCGAUCACGCUCCGUUCUCAGAGUUCGGGGACGAAACUCCCGCAUUAAUGGGAGCCAAUUUGCUGAGCUCUGUUGCAGAUUUAAUUGGAGACUUACUCCUACUAUAUCGAUGCUGGUUUGUCUGGGGAAAUAAUUUUUAUGUGAUCAUUCUCCCUCUGCUCACUGCUCUUGGGGGCUUUGGGUGCAUUUUGCCCAUACCAUCCCUCGUUCUGUCAAUCGACCCGACAUCACCGAUCCCUCCAACUGCGAUUGUACCCUUGACUAUUGCUGGAUAUGUUUUGCCUCUUUGCACAAAUAUCAUGGUCACUGGGCUCAUCGCUGGUCGUCUCUGGCACAUAUCUCGCGUUCCCAUCAUCAACGAGCAUGGAAAGCCUGUGAUUUUGAAAAUCGCGGCUGGUGGGCGCCCGAUGAUGCUCAUCAUCGAGAGUGGUGCUCUGUAUAUGGUCACGCAACUCAUCCUUGUCGUCCUCGUAGCCAUUCAAAAUCCUGCCGAGGCGGUAUUAAGUUACACUGGGACACAAAUAUAUGGCAUCGCGUCCACAUUAAUCAUCAUUCGUGUUGGAUUGGGCAGCUCGCCUGAGCGGACUUUACCGACGACUUCGAGUCAUCUAAUAUUUUGGUCCGAGUCAUGAGGCCUUGAGGUACCACAUGGGUGCGCUCAGUUGGCAUAUGAGAAAACGAUGGUUCAUUUGAUUCGCGGCAUUAGAUGUAUAGUUUAUGCGGAGCCGGGAUCGUUGGAAGAUGGAUAUAAGUGUCCG